CGUCGGUGUGAACCAGUCAUUAGAUUUUGAUACGGUCGAAUCUCGAAUAUUGCAAUCCUCAUUCGAAUGUGUUUACAUCGUACGCCGCGUACGUAAACGUGUAAAGUGCAGUCAAAUUUUUUAAGGUGUAAAAGCAACGAACUAUUACAGUGUGGUGAAAAAUUUAUAAUACAUUAUUUCAAAUGAAGACGUACGUGUCUUCGGUCUGUUUCAUCGGAUAAUAUUUCAUUAUUAUUUGGAGGAUCAAAGUGGAUGGCGGAAGGGGAACGAUUUUGAACUCACAUGGUUGUGACAUUGAGGAAUAUUGGGGGUUUGUUGCAUAGUUUGUUGUUUGCGAACGCGCAUAAGGUCGGUGGCUCUGGGUGGUUGCACAGUCGGUCACAGUGUUCACACGUGGUCGUACUUUUCAGCUUCUAGUCUGAACAAUUAUCGCUCUUUUAAUUAAGUUCGCUCAUUGCGCACUUGUAAUGGCUAAUGCACGCGAUUUAGGUGGCUGGGAUCCGAUGGCCACAGACUUCAAUGCUAACAUGGAUUCUUAUGGAGGCGGACCAGGUGAAAAUUUGUCCUCUCAGAUCAGAGCUACUCCUGACACGGAAUACAAACUCUAUGUGACAAACUUACCUGUAGAACUCACAGAGGAGGGAAUCCGACAAGUUUUCGAUUGCCAUGGAAAGACAUUGAACGUUAUGAGUCCGCCAACUGCGGAUUGGGCUUUUGUAACUUACGGGAGUUUUCGGGAGGCAGAUCUUGCUGUGCGGAUGUUAAAUAAGCGACCUCCACUGCACAUGAAUGUGAACUUCUCCAUUAAAGAUGCCAAAAGCGUCCAAAAACAAAUUGCCAGUCGCCUCAAAAUCCCUACAGAGCCUGUGCCUUGUCUCAGGCAACUUGAGGAGUCUCAUCAGUACAUUGGUCCUGAAAAUUUUGUACAUUUCAACAGGCAAAUGGCACAAAAUUUCGGACGUGGCAGAAAUCUAGCUGCACUAGUACGCAGAGACUUGCCUUCUACCGCUAGAAAUCCCCAGCAAGAAACUGAUGAUCUUCUUUAUCCAGUUGUAAAUGAUUCAAGUAUAUAUGAUCCAUAUGAGGAUGCCGAACCUUUUGCUGACACCAACAAAUUAUUGACCAGGGGUCGCUUGCAAGUCUUUAGCAAUGGUACGAGGUAUGUCAAUAUGGGACGAGGAUAUACCUGGUAUCAGCUGGCUACUCCUCAUCCUAAAGUUGAUCAGCAAAUUCGUGCAGUGUAUGAAAAACGGGAAGCGGGAGUGUACGAAUAUGGUGACAAUAGAAUAACCAAGCAAAUCGGUGUAUGUCAGAACUGUACUAAACGGGCCACAAUGCGCUGCCAGCCUUGUAAAGAAUUUUAUUGCAGCAAAGCCUGUCAAGAAGCUGACUGGCCAAGGCACAGAGUCGAGUGUCAACCUAUUCCACACUUGGAAGGUGAACCGGAGACGGGAUCUCUAUCCAUAUCAAGUGGAGAAGAGCCACAAUCACGAGAACCCAUGAAGCAAGGCAUGAAUAGGCUUAGACGUCCAUUGCGAUGUACACAGCAAAUUGUUCCUCCGAAUUCAUCCUCAACCCCACUUUCCGGCACUUCACCGAAAAUUACUGCCACUACUCGCACCAUUCAGGGAAAAGAAAAUCUUAUGAUUUCAUCUAACGAAACCUUGAAACGAACGUAUUCAGGAGAUCAGAGAGGAGUUACAGACCCCCAAGAGUUCAAUCUUAGUGGGUGGAAGCCAAGUCAGAAUUUGAACAAUCCGUCAUCUCGUUGUAACUCAAAAGACAAUACUACGAACACUAAACUGCCUGAACCAAAUAACUACACCAAGCAAAACGACCAAAAUGGUACUGAAAUCACUUUACUCACAACAUCUAUUGAAGCUUUAGUUCCUUCAAGUUUUAAAAACCCAAAUUCAAAUCAUCGAGACCGAAACGAUAUAGGUCAGUUCAGCCAAACUCUACAAAGUGAUCAUCACCAAGGUGGAAUGACAUCCAGUAUAAAUGCAACUAUGGUGCAGCCGAACGAGAAGGAGUUCAGCGCUCUUAUAGAUAAAUUGAGCGUGAACGACAAAGCUGCCGAACUCGAUCCCAAGCACAAGCUCAACCGAGAACCAGACGUGAACUUCCGCAAACCUGCUGAUGUCACUACAGCUAGCAAUGAAUCUAAAUUUCAGAAAGUUUCCGGUAUUGCUGUGCCAACUGUAACAUCUGAGAGAGUUGUGACCGAUAUCAGUAACAAUCGACCAGUUUCUAGCGAUCUAAGAGCACAAGGCCCGACGAUCUCUUCUGCUAAAUUUGGUGAACUAAACCAUAGUUUGAGAGCUCCGAAAUCAACGGUUAUAUCAACACCAAAACCUUUGAAAAACAUUGUAGAGAUACUUGAUGAAAAGGAAGCGGGGUGUUUCGAAGUGCACGUCAAUCUUGGUAAUCAACGGGCUGCAGUUACAGUAUUUAUUCUCAAACUUGAAACCGAAUGUGCCAGAAUAUGUAGCGAUCUAACAUCUGUUUGCGCCAAGGAACUGCUCGAUCCAUCAUAUAAACCAGAAAUUGGAGACUUGGUCUGUGGGAAGCGACUUGAAGACUGGAUACGUGGUACCGUUGUGGCUUUGAGCCCACAGAUCCAACUGGCAGCUAUUGAUGAAGGAAGAAUGGAAACUGUUAGCGCGAUACAGCCAGUUCCCAAAGAAUUCGUGAACCUGCCAGUUCUCGGAGCUAUUUGCGAGUUAGGAGAAGGGACAAAAUUAAAACUCGAGCCUAUGGCCCAAUACCAGUUUGUCACAACCAAUAAAAAGCCAGAUAAUAUAACUUCCAAAGUUGGAGUGGAAAUUACAAUUUUAUCUGGUAAUGAACGAUUAGGCAAGGGCUUCCUCAAACCUUGGACUCCAGCUCCAGAACAAAAAGGUCUACCUUAUGCCACACUCACAACCAACACUGAAGUUCACCUGGUUUCAUUUCGUGGACAUACGAUACUUUUUGUUCGCAGCCUGGUCCCCAAGGACAUGGAAUGUUUUAGCCGAAUGACGCAAGAUGUUGCAAAAUGGUCAACGAAGAAAAGCCAGUUUGUGAAUGAACAGCCAGUUAUUGGAGAGAUGGUGAUCGCAAAAUAUGAGGAUGAGAAUUUUUAUCGUGCAAUUGUAAGACGAAUAGAAGAUGAUAAGAUAACAGUCUCUUAUCUAGAUUUUGGGAACGUUGAAACCACCACAAUAAAUAAUCUACGGCCGAUUAGUGAUGCUUUGAAAACGUAUCCCUCCUGCGUUGCAAGAGUUUCACUAAAAGAUGUCCCUAAGGAUGUACCAAUGACAAAGGAAGUGAGCGAGUACCUCUGUAUGUUGAGUGCAAGCGAGAAGCCACUGAUGUGUACCUUUGAUGGUAACCCCUUCACAGAUGGUGUUGUUCUCAAGGCUGCUGAUGGUACCUGCAUAAAUGACCAGAUUAACGAUUUGUUGAUUCCAAGCUGGAAAAAAAAGAUAGACACUACAACAGCUUUCAUGUGUGAAGAUCUGCCUGUGGCCGAGCUCGGUAAGGUAGGCGACACAGUCAACGUACUUGUUCUUCAUUCGUACGGGCCACUGCUUCAUGCAAUGGCACCAUAUGACAUGUUGCUCAUAGAGCAUAUCACUGGGGUUAUGACGUCCCAACUGGCAGAAUACUGCAAUGGAAUAGAGGAACACUACAUCCCAAGACAGAACGAGCUUUGUCUGGCUCCUUAUGAAGGUAUGUGGUAUCGCGCCGUGUGCCUUGAGCCAAAUGCUACGCCAAAUGCGAGUACCAUUAAUUUUAUUGACUUUGGAAAUAUGGAAACCAUCCCUCAUAAAGACUUGAGAUUGAUUACCAAGGAUUUUGUCGGGAUAAACGCUCUCGCCAGUAUUUGUCAGAUUGUUGGGCUAGGCCCUGUUGAUGAAGAUGGCGAUUUGGCUUCGUCAGUUGCAAGCAGGGUUACAGAGCUGCUACCUACAAACACUAUUGCCGUUGCUAAAAUUGUAGAGAACCCGAAACCUGGUUAUUACAUAUUAGAAUUGCCUGAAGUAAGAGAAAAGCUCAUAAACGAAGGACUAAUCAAAGUUUGAUUGGUAUAACUUUGGGAACGCCGAGUAUUUAUUCCGACCGGUUAUUGCGUGGACGGAAUAUGCAGUAUAUUUCUAGUGUUAAAACUGACUGAAUAUUCACCUCGUUAUGGACUUUCCUGAUUAUAAUGAUAAUUUCCGUAUUCAUAGGCUCUUAACACAUGACAAUAUAUUUUUUGAUAGAGCUGUGUCAAACUAUGAGUAGAUGGCGGUCAUACCUAUUAUGACAUUACUCUGAAUCUCGAUCUCUUCAUUUUCUGUUUGCUUUUACGAGUAGUUUUGUAAGAAAAAUACUUGACUCUCAUAAAAGAUAUUACUACUUGUGUGAUAACGAUACUAUAACAUCGAAGACCGUGAUAUUUUUUCUCUUUCGUUUUAAAUCUUUUAUAAUAUAUUACCGUUACUCCUAAUAAAGAUAUACAUAUGUAGUUACAUGUCUAUUUUUUUUAGUUACGAUGUUCCUGUUCGGGGCACGAUAUAUAAUAAAUAUUCUACAUUAUUAUCUGUUAAAUCUUGACUUUAAGUGAUGUAUUACUUCAAUCCAUUUUCUAAACUUACACUAACGACAUAAUUUGACUAACAGCUUAUUGUGAGCAAAGCAGAUGUGGUUGAUUGGACCACUUCAAGCACUCAGUAUUAAGGCAUAGUGAUUAUUGGAACCAAAGUAUGUAUUUUUUUAUAAAAGUUUGUAGUCAAAAAAAUAAAUAUGUAAUAUCUCAAGA